GGUCCGCCCACCGAUCUGCCUUGAGGUCUACAUGUGUAAAAUUUUAAGAAACAAACACGUUCCUUUAGCCUACUUCAUUCUCUCUUCGCACUACUAGUGUACUUCAACAUGUUUCGAAGUUUGGCACAAUUGGGUGCUAAGGGCAACUCCACAGAAAAGAAAUCCAUUUCGCCGACUUUAAGGUCCGACAUCUACACUACAAUAGACCAGUAUAAGGCCUGGCUGGCUGGGACCCGUGGUCAGGCAGGCGACGGUGUAUCAUAUGCCCCUAUGCUGCACACAAUCCAGAAGCAUUUUCCAAAUGUGGCGAUCGGUCUAGAGGCGCUCGGACAGAUCGAAGCAGAAGUUGGAGUGAUUGUUGGCGGAAUUACAAACAUGGUUCUCGAAAUGAGCAAGUGGGAAGCUCUCGGAGGGGGGAUGGCCAUGCGUACAUGGGUAGACACGAUUGUGAACGUGUACGCUAUGAUUCCUCAUGGUUCCAAGAAGGAAAUAAUCGCCCGAGGGAUUGUACGAGGGAUCAACCAACACACAGAUUAUUCUUUGAUGACGAAGGAAUUUGCAGCAAGGAUCCAAAUUAUAUCCUGUCUAAAAAGCCUCUGCCUAAAAAUAUAUGGUCCCGGGAGCGAAGAGAGUAGGCAGGCCGAAGCUAUGUUGAGCUCGAAGUUGAUUUAGGAUCUCCGUGCUCCAUGAUAUAGUAAGUAUUCUUGCGACAGGCGUUCUCAGUUCAUCCUCUACAGUCGAUUCACUAAGCUCAAAUGUGACAUCGAGGCAAAAUCGU